AUGUCCACAGAAACAGGUUUUGCUCUGCUGGGAGGACACCCCUGCUUCCUCACGUCUCAGGACAUCCACCUGGGAGUGAACGAGAGCAGCACAGACACAGCCAGGGUUCUCUCUGGGCUGUCAGAUAUAGUCCUGGCACGGGUGUGCAGCCAUAGUACUCUGGAGGAGCUGGUGAAGGAUGCCUCCAUCCCCAUCAUCAACGGCCUGUCUGACCUCUACCACCCCAUCCAGAUCCUCGCUGACUUCCUCACCCUGCAGGAGCAUUAUGGCUCGUUGAGUGGGCUGACUGUGAGCUGGAUCGGAGAUGGAAACAACGUCCUGCACUCCUUCAUGAUGACCGCAGCCAAACUGGGCGUCCAUCUUAGAGUCGCCACGCCCAAGGGUUAUGAUCCAGACAGCAGCAUCAUUCAGGAGGCACAGAGACUCUCCAAACAGCAUGGGACCCAGUUGCUCCUGACAUCUGACCCAGUGGAGGCAGCUCGAGGCAGUAACGUCCUGGUGACAGACACCUGGGUCAGCAUGGGCCAGGAGGAGGAGAAGAAACAGAGGAUCAAGGACUUCCACGGCUACCAGAUCACCAUGCAGACAGGAAGUGUGGCGAAGCCAGACUGGACCUUCCUUCACUGUCUCCCACGGAAACAGGAAGAGGUGGACGACCAGGUGUUCUACUCCCCUCGCUCACUCGUCUUCCUUGAGGCUGAGAACAGGAAGUGGACCAUCAUGUUGGAGUGUGUGACGCGUCUGGUGCAGGUGGGCUGUGGGGUCAACUCGGUGACCACGAGGUUUGCUCAGACGCCCACUCACAUCGCUGCAUUUGGGGGCCACACAGAGUGCCUGCUGUGGCUGCUGCAAGCUGGCGCUGACAUCAACAGACAGGACUAUGUUGGUGAGACUCCCAUCCAUAAGGCUGCCCGUGCAGACAGUCUGGACUGUGUCAACGCUCUCCUGAUUCAGGGGGCGAAAGCUGAGUAA